CCCCAGCGCGGCCUGAUUAAAUCCUCGAUUAGUUCACAUAAUCGAGCCACCUAAUCAGUAAUCACCACAGGUUACCCGCGCGCCCGGCCAGGCCAUACCACCUAAUCACGCCGCCGCGAGAGGCCAGUUGAUGAUGAGUGCGAGAGACACGAUGAUCCUCGCGCUGAUCGCAGCUCUGGUUGCCCUCACGGCGUGGCCGCCGCCGGCUGCGGAGGCAGCGGCGAUGCAGCCGAGCCCGACAUGCCUGCGACGCUGCGGCGACAUCGACAUCCCGUACCCGUUCGGCGUCGGCGCCGGGUGCCACCUCGAGACGGGGGACUGGACGUUCGUGCUCAGCUGCAACCGCACCGCCGACGGCCGGCUCCGUCUCUACAACUACCAGAUCGAGGUGCUUGACAUGUCGGUGCGCCUCGGCCAGCUCCGGAUCUACAGCAUCAUCAACCCCUGGUGCUACAACUCCACGACGGCGGCGAUGAACGGCCAGAGCAACUGGUGGUACAACAUGUCCAUCACCAACUUCCGCAUCAACGACGCGCUGAACCGCUUCACCGUCAUCGGCUGCAACUCGCUCGCCUACUUCCGGUCGCUCAACGACACCUCCGACACGUCCAGGUACAUGACGGGUUGCAUGGCCAUGUGCCCCGGCGUGGCGCGGCUGGCCGAUGGCUCCUGCGCCGGCGUCGGGUGCUGCCAGACCGCCAUCCCGAGCGGCCUCAACGGCUACCAGGUCUCCUUCGAGGAGAAGUUCAACACCUCCGGGAUCGCCAGCUUCAGCCCCUGCAGCUACGCCGUGCUCGUCGAGGCCGCCGCCUUCGACUUCCACACCAGGUACGUCACCACGGACGCGUUCUUGGCGGAGAACGGCGGCCAGGUGCCCGUCGUGCUCGACUGGGCCAUCGGGAACAAGACGUGCGAGGAGGCCAAGCGGAACGCGUCGGCGUACGCCUGCGUCAGCGCCAACAGCGAGUGCGUCGACUCCAAGUACGGCAAGGGCCGAGGAUACCUCUGCAACUGCUCCGCCGGAUACGACGGCAACCCCUACCUGCUCGACGGCUGCCACGAUAUUAACGAGUGCGAAGAUUCAAGAUUCAGGUACCCGUGCUCUGUUCUUGGAACUUGCGUCAACACUGACGGAUCAUUCCACUGCGCAUGCCCCGACAAGACGACGGGCAACGCCUACAAUGGGACGUGCGAGGACAAGAAGACCCAAAUUGGAUGGCAGAUCGCCAUUGGUGUCACCAGCGGCGGCGUCGUGCUGAUCGUCACGGCGACCUGCCUCUACAUGAUCCACGAGAAGAGGCGGCUGGCCAAGAUCAAGCGCGAGUACUUCAAGCAGCAUGGCGGCCUCCUGCUGUUCGAGGAGAUGAAGUCGAGGCAGGGCCUCGCCUUCACGCUCUUCACCGAGGAGGAGCUCGAGGUGGCCACCAACAAGUUCGACGAGCGCAACGUCAUCGGCAAGGGCGGCAACGGCACCGUGUACCGUGGCACCACCAAGGACGGCGAGACCGUGGCGAUCAAGAAGUGCCGGCUCGCCAACGAGCGCCAGAAGAAGGAGUUCGGCAAGGAGAUGCUGAUCCUAUCCCAGAUCAACCACCGGAACAUCGUCAAGCUCUACGGCUGCUGCCUCGAGGUCGAGGUGCCCAUGCUGGUGUACAAGUACAUCCCCAACGGCACCCUGUACCGGCUCAUCCACGGCCGGCGCGGCGACGACGACGCGCCGCGCAUCCCGUUCUCGCUCCGCCUCAAGAUCGCGCACCAGGCCGCCGAGGCGCUCUCGUACCUGCACUCGUGGGCGUCCCCUCCCAUCAUCCACGGCGACGUGAAGACCUCCAACAUCCUCCUCGACGAGGACUACACCGCCAAGGUCUCCGACUUCGGGGCCUCGACGGUGGCGCCGACGGACGAGGCCCAGCUCGUGACCUUCGUGCAGGGGACCUGCGGGUACCUGGACCCCGAGUACAUGAGGACGUGCAGACUCACGGACAGGAGCGACGUGUACAGCUUCGGCGUGGUCCUGCUGGAGCUCCUCACGUGCCGGAAAGCGCUCAACCUGGAGGAGCUCGAGGAGGAGAAGUACCUCUCGUCGCAGUUCCUGCUGGUGCUGGGCGAGGACCGGCUCGAGGAGAUACUGGACGAGCAGGUGAAGAGCGAGCACGGCCUCGAGCUGCUCGAGCAGGUGGCGGAGCUCGCGAAGCAGUGCCUGGAGAUGGACGGCAACAAGAGGCCGUCGAUGAGGCAGGUCGCGCAAGAGCUCGCCAGCCUGAGCAGGCUGGCACAGCACCCCUGGGGACGGCAGAACUCCGAGGAGAUUCUGGCAUUGCUCGGUGGAUCGCCGAGCACGGCGUCUGAAAUUGAGCUUAGUAGCAAUCGGAACAUCAGUUUUACUGAUACGGCAUAUAUUGGAAUUAGAUCUCCACGUUAGUGGUCAUUUGGUUCCAAAAUGCUUGAGAAUGCAUGAUGAUUUAAUUUUGUUCUAAUUCAAACUUUAUUAAAUAUUGACCAAUUAUAUAAAAAGUGUACUAAUAUACACGAUACGAAAUGAACGCAGUGUCAUCAA